AUGUCAAAUGAAGAUGGUGAAAUUAUAAGCCACCAAUAUCAAAGAGGCAGGGAUUCUGAAUAUGAUAGUAGAAGAGAAAGAGAUUAUAAAGAUUCAUAUGAUAAUAAAUCAAAAGACAGAGAAAGAAGUAAAAGUAGAAGUAGAAGUAGGGAUAGAGAUAGAAAUAGAUACGAUAGAGAUAGAGAAAGAGAUUUAGAAAAAGAAAGAGAAAGAGAUAGAGACCAUGACAGAAAUAGAGAUAGAGAUAGAGACCGUGACAGAAAUAGAGAUAGAGAUAGAGACCACGACAGAAAUAGAGAUAGAGAUAGAAAUAGAGACCGUGACCAUGACCGUGAUAGAGAUAGGGAAAGAGAAAAAGACAGAGAAAGAGAUAGAGAUAGAGAUAGAUACGGUAACAAAGAAAGAGAUAGGGAUAGGGAUAGAGAAAGAGAUAGAGAUAGAGAAAGGGAUAGAGAAAGAGAAAGAGAAAAAGAAAGAGAAAGAGAAAGAGAAAGAGAUAGAGAUAGAUAUGGUGAUAGAUCAACCUCAAGAGAUAGAAAAGAUACUCCAACAAAAACUGAAAAUGAUCAAGAUAAUGAUAAUACAAAUAAAGAAGAUAAAGAUAAAAAUAAAGAUAUUGAAUCAAACAAUACAAGAGAUGACCGUUCAACCUCUAGAGACGAUAGUAAAAGAAAAUCUACUAGUGGUAGUAGUAGUAGUAGAAGAAGAGGUAGUAGAAAGAAAUACUCAAGUAGUGAAGAUGACACAAGUAGCAGCGAUGAUGAUGAUUCAAGUAGUGAGGAUAGCUCAAGUAGUAGUGAAGAUGAUAGAAAAAAGAAAAGAAAAGAAAGAAGAAGAAAAAGUAGUAAAAGAUCAAGAUCACCACAAAAGUCAAAAGAAGAAAAAGAAGAAACUAGUAGUAAUAAUAAUAAUAAAAAAGAACAAAGUGAAAAAUCAAUAAAAAUUGAAGAGAAAGUUUUGGAUGCAAUUAGUAAGGAUAGGGCAGGUGGGGUUUAUAUACCACCAUUUAAGUUGGCAAUGAUGCAAAAACAAAUUCAAGAUAAAUCAUCACCAGAGUAUCAAAGAAUGGAAUGGGAUGCAUUGAGAAAAUCAAUCAAUGGUUUAAUCAAUAAGGUUAGUUAUUCCAAUGUGAAGAAUAUAGCGGUGGAGUUAUUUGGUGAGAAUAUAAUCCGUGGUAGGGGAUUGUUGUGUCAGUCGAUUAUGGUGGCACAGCAAGUAUCACUACCAUUCACCAAUGUCUAUGGUGCAUUGAUUGCAAUCAUCAAUACCAAGAUACCCGACAUUGGUGAACUGCUACUCAAGAGAUUGAUAGACCAAUUCAAGAAAUCAUUCAGAAGAAACGAUAAACCAAUUUGCAUCGCAAGCACGAGGUUCGUCGCCCACUUGGUGAAUCAACAGGUGUCUGGCAUACUGGUGCCAUUGGAGAUACUAACAUUACUAUUGGAUAAGCCAACCGACGAUUCAGUGGAGGUUGCAGUUAAUUUCUUUUUAGAGUGUGGUCAGACUUUACAAGAAUUGUCCUCUCAAACAUUUAAUAGUAUUUUCGCACGUUUUAAAGCUAUCCUCCAUGAAGGUGAAAUCGAAAAGAGAACUCAAUAUCAAAUUGAAGAAUUAUUCAAACAAGUUAGAUUAAAUUUCCCACAACAUCCUGCACUAAUCCCAUCAAUGGAUGUAGUUGAAAUUGAAGAUCAAAUCACUCAUGACACCUUAUCAAUUGAAGAGAAUUAUAAUACUGAAACUUUUUUAAACUUUUUUAAAGUUGAUGAUAAAUUUUUAGAAAAUCAAGAACAAUAUAAACAAGUUAAAAGAUCAAUUUUAGGUGAUUCUUCAUCUGAAGAAGAAGAUGAAGAUGAAGAUGGUAAUAAAAAUAAUGUAGAUAGCUCAAGUGAUGAUGAUUCAGAUGAUGAUGAUGAUGAUGAUGAUGAUGAUAAUUAUAAACCACCAAUUACAGCUGGUAAAGUUAUAAAUACAACAGUAAUUGAAGAUAAAACUGAUACAAAUUUAAUUAAUCUUAGAAAGACAAUUUAUUUAGCAAUUAUGUCAAGUAAGGAUUUUGAAGAGUGUGCACAUAAAUUAUUGAAAUUAAAGAUUCAAGGUCAUGAAGAUGAAAUUUGUAAUAUGCUAAUUCAAUGUUGUAGUCAAGAGAGAACCUAUUUACCAUUCUAUGGUAAUUUAUCACAACGUUUCUGUAUGAUCAAUAAGAUCUAUCGUGACUUGUUUGAUCGUUGUUUUGCUGAACAAUACGCUGUCAUUCAUAGAUUGGAGACUAACAGAUUUAGAAAUAUUGCAAAGAUGUAUGCUCAUCUAUUCUUUACCGAUGCUUUACCUUGGACAACGUUACAGUAUGUUCAUAUCAAUGAAAAUGAAACUAAUAGUGCAAGUCGUAUCUUUAUAAAAAUACUCUUUCAAGAGAUGGCAGAGUUUUUAGGUAUUCAAAAAUUAAAUGAACGUUUACAAGAUCCUUCACUUCAAGAAUCUUUCACUGGUAUAUUUCCAAAAGAUAAUCAAAAGAAUACAAGAUAUGCUAUCAACUUCUUUACUUCAAUUAGUUUAGGUGCUUUAACUCAUGAUUUAAGAGAAUUCUUAAAAAAUGCUCCAAAAGUUUCUGUAAUUGAAAAGAAAAAACAAGAUUCAAGUAGUGAUGAUAGUAGUAGUGAUGAUAGUAGUGAUGAUAGUAGUGAUGACAGUAGUGAUGACAGUAGUGAUAGUAGUGAUAGUAGUAGUAGUGAUGAUAGUAGUAGUGAAGAUGAAAGAAGAAGAAAAAAGAGAAGAAAGUAA